AUGGUGCCAGAGAACCCAGAGAAACGACGUUGCUGGGAGUGUCAACGUCGUCGGCUUGUCUGCGACUCUGUAAAGCCAGUCUGCAACAAAUGUCGUGCUUCCGGCAUCGUUUGCCCUGGCUACGACGACAGAAAGCCACUGACUUGGCUCGCACCUGGCAAAGUCACAUGUCGUACUCGACGCAAAGGGCGUGGGGUAGACAAAGACACUGGCGCGAAGAAGAUCAUAAAGAAAACGCCAAAGCCAAAACGCCCAGAGGAGCCCCUGGAUAGCGAAGCGUUGGCUAAAGCUGCAAGCAGGAUCAAAAUUGGCGGCGAGCUUGUCUUCCAUUCCACUCUGAGGACUGACAUUUGCGACGUCUUCGAGGCUGUCCAGUACUACAACGAUGUGUUCUAUCCAUACACUAAGUCGGGGCACUCACCAAAGAGCAACGUGUUUAUCGCUGAAAUUCCCCUCAAGGUCGUCAAAUAUCUGCCAGUCUCAAUUGCGCACAACUUGGUUGGAAUUGCGUACCAUCAUCGUAUGCUUGUGCAAAAAGAAUGGAAGAAUGAUUGUCCUUCUAUAUUACAUGCACAACACCGGAUGCACCAUCACCGGGGUCUGUCGAUCAGAGCCAUCAACGAAGAUAUCGCCAAUCCGAAGACCCAAAGUAGCGAUGUUGUACUAACAGGGGUCAUCCUUCUUCUCCAGUCCGAGAUCAACGCAUGCAUUACGCCGCAUUGGAGGCACCAUGUAGAUGGUCUCCUGGCUAUGCUCGAAUAUCGUGGAGGUGCUCGAAAAUGGGCCACAUCGGCGCAAUAUCUCCAAGCCAUGGUCCUGUCUUUUAUGAUUGUGAUGACCUCGGCGAAUACGACGAGCCCACCUCACGACCAAGUCACAAUCUGUCCUCAAGAAGAGUUCAUUGACUUAAUCCAGGAGUUUUAUCCACUCGGAUUGCACCCACACAUUCCCUGUCCAAUGCCGCUGUUCUUAGAAAUAUCGCGGAUUAAUCACCUUCGAGCUGAGGUCUCCAAGGAACAUGAAGCGAUGGACAGGUCAACAGCGAAUGCAGUCGCAGAGGACAUUGUGGCAAGGAUCGAAAGUUUUGAUGGAACAGACUGUGACUCUUUCUACGAAGACAGACAUCACCGUGAUCUGAUUGCUUCGAUAUUUCACUCUGCAGUGGCCGUCUUCUGCAUCUCAUCGCUACAGAGCGUUGGAGCCUUGCCCAAGGUCCAUCGCUUGACAAUGCUGAGAACCAUGCACGGGAAUCGUCUCUAUUCUCUCAUGGAAGAGACGAGAAAUCAACCACAAGUGAGAAAGUCAGUGCAAUGGCCAUUGGUUGUUGCUGGUAUUGAAGCCUCAGUUCGAGUAGACAAGCGUCGGCUUGUAGGAGAGCUUUACUUGGAGCAAGCCAAGGACAUUGCCACACCAUUACCAAUGCACGCCAAGAAUGUUCUUCGUGCCUUUUGGGAUGGAGGGGCUACAGACUGGGAUGCAUGUUUCGAUCAGCCUUACGCAUUUGUUUCAUAGCUUCGGGUAAGCUCAGGGAGAUAGAUCGUCGACAAAGAGACAUAAUAUCGUUAGACACACUUGACUGCGAGGUGGUGUGGUGGCCCUUGCUGUGUGUUGAGUAGAACGACGAUACCAUGACAGCAAUGAAUAUUUGUAUUUUAGGUUG